AACCAUCCAUUCAAUGACAAUUGUGGUGAUAGGGACAUGGACAUUCCGUUCAAUGACAAUUGUGGUGAUAGGGACAUCCCUGCAGUAGGAUGCGAACCUCUCUCAGGUCCAUCUCCCGGCCAUACGGUACCACCACCGAUGGCCACUCGGGUACCUGCAUUCCCUAUGAACCUCCUUAAUCGUCAAUCGGAACCGGCAGUAGGAUGCGAACCUCUUUUAGGUCCAUCUCCCGGCCAUACGGUACCAUCACCGAUGGCCACUCGGGUAUCUGCAUUCCCUAUUAACCCCCUUCAUCGUCAAUCAGAACCGGUAAAUGCCACCAAAGCGUCCGAGGCGGCCGGCUAUAUGCCCCCGCUCUUCCCCACGGAGCUUGGCCAACCUGUUCUCCUGCAAGCGGUAGCCGACACCGCGGCCGCAGCGAAGGCUCUCGCUUCAGCUUCCAGUGUAAAGAAACUGGAAUUACCUCAAUUUUUUGGUAACACGCUGCAAUGGUUACAAUUCAAACGUAUAUAUAACGUAACUAAAAAUAACUUUUCUCCUCUAGACAACAUAAAUCGGCUCCACAAUGCGCUCCGCGGCCCCGCCCGGGACGCCGUCGCGGCGCUGCUGAUGUCCACGGAGGACCCGGAGGAGGUGAUGCGCGCUCUCGAGGACAACUUCGCCCGCCCCGAGCUCAUCGUCUACAAAGAGGUCAAUUCUUUAAAAAACCUUCCUCGUCUGGGAAACGACUUGAAAGAACUAGGAGUACUGUCGAAUAAGACUUGGAGAUCUAACAUUGAUUGGGACACCGAACUCCCACAGACCGAAUCAUCUAAGUGGUUUGAAUGGUUCCAAGAACUUUUAAAAGUUUCUUCGUUGAAGAUCCCGCGUUGGUAUUCAAAAAUAAAAGGCUCAGAACCUUCAUAUCGAGAACUGCAUGUUUUUGCGGAUGCGAGUGAGCUUGCCUACGCCUGUGUCGCAUAUUGGCGCUUAGUGUACCCUGACGGCAGCAUCGAGCUCAUUCUCAUCGCAAGUAAAACGAGGGUCUCCCCACUUAAACCUAUAUCUAUCCCGCGAUUGGAGUUACAAGCCGCUUUGAUAGCUUCUCGAUUAGCACUCGUUAUCAAGGACAGCCAUCGUAAAAAACCAACGCGUACAUAUUUUUGGACCGAUUCGAUGACUGUCCUCCAAUGGUUGCGUAGUGAUGCACGAGCGUUUAAGCCUUUUGUUGCCCACCGCCUAGGUGAAAUAUUAGAAAAUUCUGCUGUCAAAGACUGGCACUGGGUACCGACAGACUUAAAUGUGGCUGAUGACGCAACUAGACUUCGUCCAAUUGAUCUAACCCUUUCACAUCGGUGGUUUUUUGGCCCAUCAUUUCUUUUAAAGUCCCCCGAGGACUGGCCCACAGAGCCACUUAAUGUCACAUCAAACCUCGAAGAACUUAAAUGCCAACCAAUUGAGUCGGUGGCGGUAACUUCAGUUAAUGGCGUUUUGCCAAAUCCGGUCACAGCAAAUCCAGAAUAUUUUAAUGACUGGCUCCGGUUAUUACGUGCCACAGCCCGGGUCUCCAGCAGGCAACUCCAGCACCCGAACCGGGGCCUUCGCGAGAACGCCAACAAGCGCAACCAGGCACUGCUCAACGGGAAUCCUCGCCACCUCUCGAUUCACUUACUACCAGCGGUAGUGACACUGACGGCCGUGCGACGCACAUUCAUCGACCCGCAAACCCUCCGAAUCGCAGCAGGACUCCGAGUUAGGGCUGAUGUGUGUGUUGACCACAGCUGCACCUCUUGCGGGGCCGCAGUUGAUCGUCUCGGGCACCACGGACUAUCCUGCUCUUCGGGCGCCGGUCGGUUGUCCCGUCACGCGGCACUCAACGACAUCUUAAGGCGAUCGCUCGUCAGCGCCGGCGUCCCAGCUGCUUUAGAACCUCAGAUCGCGCGGGACGUCGGCAAGCGCCCUGAUGGGAUGUCGUUGAUUCCCUGGAGGAUGGGCCGUGCGCUGGUGUGGGACGCUACCUGCACCGAUACGCUGGCAGCGUCCUACAUUUCAGCCACCACUAAAAAUGCCGGGGCGGCGGCUGACGCCCGAGAGCGUUUUAAAAGAAAUAAAUAUAGCUGUUUCGGCACCAAUUACGAAUUUGUAGCUUUUGGUGUCGAGACACUCGGUCCGUGGGGUGGCGGUGCGCGCGGGCUCUGCAGAGAACUGGGCAGGCGGUUGAGGGAGUCAACGGGGGACCCUCGCGCGGGCAGUUUUCUCGCGCAAAAGAUUGCAAUCGCAAUACAGCGCGGGAAUGCUGCCUGCGUGAUGGGUACCUUGCCACGUGGGCAAGGUUUAUUAUUUUAG